AUGUCAGCCACAACAGUCAUGGAAGCACCUGUGGCAGAGCAUCCACCAAGUAAUGGCUACGUCAACGAUGUUACGCCCAUUGCAGUUCAGGUAAAUGGAACGAAUGGAGUCGCGAAGAAAGCCGAAAAGAAAGCCCCCCCAAGACAUUGCGAUACCUGGUUCUAUCCAGCGGAUAUUGAGAAUGAUCUGAAGAGUGUCGACCUGCCUGAGAGAGUGAUUGGAGAAACUCUCGCCUGCGCAUGGGAAUACACGCGAUGCGUGAUCCCACACUUCACGAACUGGAAACGAUACAUUGCAUUCGCACGAAUCAUUGAGAUCGGCAUCAUUGCCGAGUUUCGUGGUGGUCUCGUAGAUGUUUCUGGAGGCAAUAGCCUCCUAGGAUUUGAACUAGACGAGCUACUCGACACCGUUUUCGGGGGCACCCCUGGUGCUGAGGAUAUGGCUCGUGAAUAUCGAGCAUUCCUUUUGAUCACGGGAGACAAGUGCAGCAACCGAAGAGAUUCGGAGCUCUUCCGCAGAUACGUCAAUGCCCUUGCUCAAUCACCGAAGACUUGGUUCCGUAUGCGGGACUGCGAUGCUCUGGUGCGAUUCACCAUUGCUGCUGCGUUGAGGUGUAACGAUUUCAACGAAAUCUGGUUCAACGAAGAAGAGCUCCAAAUUCUCGCCGAGCUGGGAGACACUCUAUACGAUGCGGUGGCCUUCCACAAGCAUCGUGCAGAAGGCGAGACCAACAGUACUUUUGCAUAUGUCGAUGAAAGUCUACGAAAAGAAUCGUUCCGACGCGCUCGCGAGGUUUUGUGGGCACUGGACGUUGCCUGGGCACACUCGCCCGCGCACCGAUGCGUGAUUGAUUUCAUACGACCGUUUGGUGGACCCAUCCACAUGAUGAUGAGACGCUACCGAUUCGUCGAAGACGGUCUGACGAUAGGAAACUCCGAGACUGAAGACGUCGUGGCUGCGACGCGCCAGAACUUCAAGCUCUGGAACCGCAUUGACUCCAAUGCAAAAUAUGUGGAGGAUGCUCGAUACUCGGAUAUCCUGAAGCAGAGCGAUAGAUUGAUGUUCACUGGGUUGGUAGACCUGCUCCAGAAUGCGAACAAGGGUCACUGCCACUACUGCCACUACCGUUUGUCGUAUGGUGCUCAAGCAUCUGGACAGUUUGGUGGAGUCAAGCUCUGUGACCGUGGCAAAGCAGAGUGGAGCCAGUAUGUGGAAGAUUUCCCUGCACGGGCCGCUGAAAUUUUUCCUGAAAUCAAGACUCACUGGAGGACUUUGGGAGCUGCGAACCCUGCGAGCUGA